GCUGUGCUGUGCCCUUGUUUUGUUUUGUGUUGUCUUGUUUUGUUGCAUCAGCCCUGUAUUACAUAUAGGAGGGGAGUGCUCAGCUCACAGCUUACACCAACAAAAACAAAAUUUUAUAAAGAGAGGAGAAGGGGGACACACACACACACAGGUUGGCUUCGCGAGGGAAGAGGCCGCCAUCGCCAUGUACGCGGAGACCACCGGCGCUUUCGGCUUCGCUGCCUACUCGCAGCCGCCGCCCGACGCCGCCUCCUGCUCCAUCUACACCGCCUCCGCCUCCGCCUUGCCCCUCGGAAACAUGGCGCAGCCAUCCUUGGUAUCGGAGUAUGACCUUGGAGGUGAGGGGGACCUGUUCAAAGCUCCUGAACCCAUCAUUGAAGAUCCAGUGCUUAGCCUCGAUCCACUUGCAGCUGCCAUUUCAAUGAUAUCUGGCACUGAGAAUGUAAUGGAUGAAACUAUAGACGUUGCAGAUAUUGGCGACAUUCAGAAUGACCCUCUUUUAAGCGAAGUAUUAUUGUACGAGUGCGAGAAGGAGCUCAUGGAGAAAUCUGCAAUCGAAGAGACGAUCUCUGAACUGCUGGACGUCAAGAUUCCCAUGCUGCAAGUCGAAGAGUUCCCCAGACAGACCGAACAAGUUCUAGGACAGGUCGUGCUUCCGGUCAUGGAAAACGAGAAACCAUCAGUUCCUGAAUGUUCACUCCAGAAAAGUGUCAGUUUUGGGUGCCUCAACUCAGCUGAAUGGGUCAAUGGAGCAGCCAGGCCAAACUUCCUGGACUUCCAAGGAUUGGACUUUGAGACAGCGUUUGGGUUGAGGAGGGCAUACAGCGAAGGAGACAUUCAGAAUCUUGGAGCCAACACUCCUCGACCUGGGAACUCAGCAAACGUUCAAGCAUCUUGCGAGAGGUUUGUGACCAUCAGUGAUCUGAAAUCUGAAGAAAGGAAGCAGAAGCUAUCUAGGUACAGAAAGAAGAAGGUGAAGAGAAACUUUGGCAGGAAGAUCAAGUAUGCUUGCAGGAAGGCUCUUGCAGACAGCCAGCCAAGAGUGCGAGGGAGGUUUGCCAAGAUCGAAGAGAACGACGUGCUCAAGCCAAGGAAGUAGAGAAUGUGGUGUGGUGUGCUGGACCUAAGAAUAGGGAGGAAUGCAUCGCAGCUGCCAGUGCCGGAAGGAGCUUUUCCUUCUAGACUAGAAAGUGGAGUGGAGGAGAGGACAGGAGGAGCAAGGCCCACCUUGUACGGCGAGGCCAAGGUGGAAGAAGAAGAGGGACGCGGCUGCAGCACUCGUCGGAAUUAAUUUUAGCUGCUUUUGGUCGCCUUCUACUACAAGUAACUAAUUAUAUUUUCCCAUGCAUGUGUAACAUUAGUAAUAAAUAAUUAUGUAGUAUACUGUAUAAUACUAGUAGUUAUCCUUGGGUGCGAGAAGAGCUGAAGGCCUCAUGUACAAAAAUGGCUUGAUAGUCGUAAUAAUAACAAUAAACUUCUGCUCCCA